AUGUCGACGGACGAGACGAGCGAUGCGCCGCCAAGGAAAACGAUCCGCCUAACGAUCCCGGAGCGGUACUACAUGCUGCCCGGUGCAGCAGUCAUUGUGGGGACGACGGUGGGGUUGAUGCGGGGGUCGCGUGCCGCGUCACUGCGAUUCCUGGCGGAAAACGCGCACCGGGCACCGACGACGGUGCAGGGAUGGUACUUCUACAACAAGACGAAGAACUACCGGGUGAUGAUGGGGGGCCUGAAGCAGGCGGGGUGGGAAGCGAUGCGGUUAGGCGUGGUCGGAGCAGGGUGGGUGGUGUUUGAGGAGGGAUGCAAGCGCGUCGGAUGGGACGACGGAACAGAAGUUGUGGCAGGACUGGGCACAGCGGGAGUGUUUUCGGCGGUGUACCGGCUGCCGUGGAGGACGGCGCGGCGGACGAUGGUGCUGGGAUUCGUGCGGGUCGAGGAGCAGCAGCGGCAGUCUAGACACAGACCGUCGACAAGUCAUAUAUUUCUCUUGGAGCAUCUGAGAAUCUUCAUCUCGGCGCAUAUACCUACCUACAUUCUACCACUUCUCUCCUCAUCGUCCGCCACGUCGUGCUCGCCAUCAUCCUCAGCGUCCCCCCCUUAUUAUUCCGUCUCCCGUCUAGUCUUCCGCGCCGCGACUAUGCUUAAGUUCUGGCCGUCGUCUCCCGCCGACCUUACUCCCAAGGCGGGCCCCAACGGCCAGGAACGCCAGAAUCCAUUCGACGUCCCGCUCCAUCAGCCGCAGCAGCAGCAGCAGCCCCCGUCUCCGACGACGGCGACGGCGCCAUCGUACCACCACCACCUCCUCAACACGCCCCAUCACUUGCUGUCUCCUUCAAUCUCCGCAACGACAUCCCCCGCGUCUUCCUUUGGCGAUCAUCUUGCGCCCAGGCCGCUUUCGCUCCAACCACAUCCUCUCUCCAACCAGCCGUCUGCUCCAGCCAGCCCCGCUGCUCAACCCACCACCAGCCUCUCGCUUCAUGCUCCCGUCUUCAACAUGUCCCAGCCCCCGCCCCCGAAACGUUCCUCUGCAAGCAGCAAUCCAUUCUCUUCCAAGCAUCCUUCGCCCACUCCCUCAGUGUCAUCCUCAGAUGGCACUACCAGUGUAGCAGGAUCACAUUCCUCAGGCUCUUCGUCCUCAUCCGCCCCUUCCAAGGGUCAGAUCCACGUCAAGCUCAUCCAGGCCCGCGGCCUCAACGUGCAGUCACCCACCGCACGCCCAUAUGUCGUCGUCCAGUUCGAGCAGAACGAGUUCGUCAGCCGCGAUCCUACCGACGAGUCCGACAAGGAGGUCAAGGGCGUCGCAAUCUCUCGCAACUCCUCCUCUAUCGCCCUCUCCGCCCUUGGCGCGAUCAGCAACAAGGCAUCCGCAGUUACCCCCGUCCGACCUUACAACGUCCGGUCGAGUGGUACUGUCACUCCCUCUGCCUCAGGCUCUUCCAAGCCUUUCGGGGGCGGUUAUUACGGCGGGGCUCGCAUCUCAGCACACAACCCCGUGUGGAAACACGAGGUUUCCUUCGACGUGACCUCGGAGCAGGCUGUCAUCACGUUCAACGUCUAUGACCGCAACGCUGCCGACCACGGUUUUUUGGGCACAGUGCAGAUCAAGCCCGUGCUGAUUCAUGAUCACACUGUGGACCAGUGGUACAAACUGCGUCCGUUCGAGAACGAGCCCGUGAGCGGGGAGAUGAGAGUGCAGGUCACCUUCGAGGCCAACAAGACGAAGCGCGCUCUCACUCCACGAGACUUUGAGUUUCUCAAGCUGAUCGGCCGGGGUACUUUCGGCCGCGUGUUCCAGGUCCGCAAGAAGGACACUAAGCGCAUAUAUGCUAUGAAGGUCCUCUCCAAGCGAGAGAUCAUAGCAAAGAAGGAGGUCGCGCACACCAUCGGCGAGCGCAAGAUCCUCCAGCGCUCCCUCGAGAGCCCCUUCCUCGUCGGUCUCAAGUUCAGCUUUCAGACCGAUACCGAUCUCUAUCUCGUCACCGACUUCAAGAGCGGCGGCGAGCUUUUUUGGCAUCUCCAGCGAGAGACACGGUUCAGCGAGGACCGUGCGCGGUUUUAUGUCGCCGAGCUCAUCCUCGCUCUCGAGCAUCUACAUAAGUACGAUAUUGUAUACCGCGACCUCAAGCCCGAGAACAUUCUCCUCGAUGCGACAGGCCACGUUGCGCUAUGUGACUUUGGCCUCUCAAAGCCCGACCUGCGCUCGGAUGAGCUCACGAAUACAUUCUGCGGUACAACCGAGUACCUUGCUCCCGAGGUGCUCCUCGACGAACAUGGCUACUCCAAGAUGGUGGACUUCUGGAGUCUUGGAGUGCUGCUCUUUGAGAUGUGCUGUGGAUGGAGCCCGUUCUACGCCGAGGACACACAACAAAUGUACAAGAACAUCUGUUUUGGUAAGAUCAGGUUCCCGAAGGGCGUCAUCAACGAGGACGGCAAGCAGUUCGUCAAGGGCUUGCUCAACCGCAACCCCAAGCAUCGUCUCGGUGCCCAGCGAGACACCGAAGAGCUCAAGGAGCACCCCUUCUUCAAGUCGAUAGACUGGAAGGCGCUCUCGCUGAAGCAGGCGACACCGCCGUUCAAGCCAAACGUCGAGUCGGACGAGUCGGUCGCGAACUUCGACCCGGAGUUCACCUCCGCUGACGUACGCGACGCUGGUGUGGACGAGAUGAUGGACCUCGAUGAGGAGGACCCGUCCGAGGACUGGGUCGCGUUAUCGCAAAGCCUGAGCAACGUGACGCACAUGCCCAACGGACCCCUCGGGUCCGACCGCUCCGCACCAAGUCAGGGCAUCGACAUCUCGCGGAAGAAGAAGAAAGGCAAGGCUGCAGGUUCCCCCCUCACGAACAGUGUCCAGGAGAAUUUCCGAGGAUUCACCUACCAUGGUGAGUCGGUCGUCCAACCCGUCGCAGGGACACUGCUCCACGAGGAGGAAGAGGAGGAGGACGCGGUGCAGGAGGAGGAACUCAUGGAGCCGACGACGGACGACGAGGCGCAUGACGAGACUCCCGCUGGGCGAUAUGCGCGGAAAGACCGCCAGCAUGACGAUCUUGACGACUUUGAUGCGGAUUUGCGAUCACAUAUGUGA